AUGGCUAACCGGCGUUUUCAGAUUAUCACGGAUCAUAAGCCUCUUCUUGGCAUCUUCAAGACCCAGAAAUCUGCAACACCGCGCAUGGAUCGAUGGAAACUCCGACUCAUGCCUUAUAAUUGCCAGUUAGAGUAUCGCCCUGGGAAAGACAACCCUGCUGACUUCAUGAGCCGCCAUCCCAAACCAGUAAAUUUCAUAAACGAAACUGAGAACUUAGCUGAAAUUUACGCAAAUUAUGUAUGCUCGAACGCCAUUCCCAAAGCCAUGACUCGUGAAGAAGUCAAACUUGAAACCAAGCUGGACCCUCUCCUCCAAAAAGUAGUCACAGCGAUUUCCCUCAACAACUGGACCGAUCCAUCUGUCGAACGCUACCGCCGUUUCCAAGACGAAUUGAUGGUCUGUGACGAAGUUAUCUUCCGUGGAAACCGUAUUGUUCUCCCACAGUCCCUGCACAAUCGAGCCAUCGAGUUAGCCCACCUUGGCCAUCAAGGCAUUGUUAAAACGAAGCAACACUACCUACGCGAAAAAGUCUCCAGAUAUUGA